AUGAAAGAAAUAUUAAUCAGAGCAAAACCCUUUUUUGCUGUUGUAUUUCUCCAAUUGGGUCUUUCAGGAAUGUAUAUCCUUUCAAAAAUGGCCUUGAAUGAAGGAUCUAGCAAUUAUGUAUAUGUUGUAUAUCGACAAGCUGUUGCAACUCUUUUCAUGGCUCCUUUUGCAAUUUUUCUAGACAAGGGGAAAAGACCAAAGAUGACUUUUUCAAUAUUUGCCAAGUUGGUACUUCUUAGCAUAUUGGAGCCAGUGAUAGACCAAAAUCUAUAUUCUCUUGGCUUGAAAUAUACAACAGCAACAUUUGCAGCUGCAAUGUACAAUACUCUUCCUGCCAUUACUUUCAUAAUGUCCUGGAUAUUCAGGCAGGAGAAGGUAAAUUUUACUAGUAUUGGGAGCCAACUCAAAAUAAUUGGGACUAUUGCUACACUUGGUGGAGCCAUGAUUAUGAUGUUAGUUAGAGGCCCAGAGGUUCAACUAUUUCCAACAGAUGAUUAUUAUGUCAAUAAUAAUGAUGCAUCUGAUCAAAUUAGUGGUGGGAUUAAUCCAAUAGAUGCAAUCAAAGGUUCCCUCAUGAUAAUGCUUGGGUGUACUAGUGGGGCCGGCUUCAUAAUUUUGCAGACAAAGAUACUGCAGACAUAUCCAGCAGAGCUCUCACUCCAUACUUGGAUAUGCUUGUUGGGAACAAUUGAGGGAGGUAUUAUGGCAAUGAUAAUGGAAAGAGGGAAUAGUGCAGUUUGGAUCAUAAAUUGGGACUCCAAAUUUCUUGCUGUUGUAUACAGUGGAAUAUUUGGUUCGGGGCUAGCAUAUUACAUCCAAGGAGUAAUAUUGGAAGAUAGAAGCUCACUUUUUAUCUCAGCCUUCAAUCCAUUAAACAUAUUAAUCGUAGCUAUAAUAAGUUCAAUUAUUCUACAAGAACAAAUGAACCUUGGAAGGAUACUUGGUGUUGUUGUGAUUAUUAUAGGCCUUUACAUAAUCUUGUGGGGUAAAAGCAAGGAUCAUAAAAUAUUGUCUCCAUCAAAAGAUGAACAAGCAAUAUCCGCAUUUGAUUUAAAGUUACAAUUAAUAGAUAUAAUGGGUAUUUCAUCAGCUCGUAUUAUUGGAAUAGUUCUCUUAAUUGUUCUUUUUAGUGGCAUUAUGGUUUCUGCUGACGUGUUAGGGCGGCGCAUGCUCGGUGCAGGCGGCGUAGGUGGUGGUGGUGAUGGCUUAGGUGGCUUCGGAAUUGGUAUUGGUGGAAGUCUUGGCCAUGAUAUAAAUGGUGGCAUGGGACUCGGUGGCGGCUUGCUGGGUGGUAAAGGUCUUGGCAUUGGUGGUGGAAACUAA